AUGGCGGAUGAUUCAAAGGUAAAUUUCAAUGUAUUGUAUAAACCUUGCUAACUAUGAUGGGUUUAAUCUUAUAUAAAUAUAUAACUUUGUUAAGCCAACAUAUUUGGUUUGAAAAACUCUUUUUUUAUUAGGUUCAAGACACCAGAGCCAACGUAGACUCGGUAGCUGUUGUGCUAAAAGAAAUAAAAUGUUGCUCGAGAUGCGUUCUUCGCUUUCUUGGAGAGAAGAACAGUUCUUUAUAUCAAAACUCUGAAGAGGUAAGGGUAUCACUUACAAUGCAGCAGUCAGUGGAAUACCCCAGACUCUUAUACUGCCAGUUUUUAGCGGGUACUUUGGGUUCUGUCAGACUGUGACGGACGUAUACAAAACAUAGAACCCCGGUCCAUGGACCAGCCCUAUGGACCAAUUCCAUGGCCAUGGCUCGCGUCGUGUCCCCAGGCCAUGGACAUAACCCCUGUGGGCAUCUACUAAUUUCACCAGCGGUCUAAGUAAACACUAAUCCUGGAACCUUAAAUACCCCAGUAGUCCAGUACCUCACAUGAACCUCUAAUUUCAGAGGUCAACUAAAACAAUUUAGGUGGUUUUCUUGCAAUCCCGGGAGACACAAAUAACAAUGGUGAAAUUAACAAAUGCUGGUGGACCAACAAAGCCAGCUAAUGAGCGAUCUUUUGUUUACCAUCCACCUGCAUGGCGGCGAUGACGUAACAUGAAAACUACCUAUUGCCUUUUGUUUUCAGUGAGGUGCUGCUUGACCCUUAAAUGGGUGUCUAGAAAACUCAGACCUAGAAAACUUAGACCCCCCCUGGAUGGCAGAGGCUUUUCAUACACGGUUUCCAGUUUCGGUCAAGUCUUAAAAAGUGAUCUGUGUGAAAAGCUCCCCUGUUGCACGUGAAAAAAAACCUCUGGUACCCAGGAUACCCCAAAUCUAGAAAACACAGACCCCUUCAAUAUCUGGAAAACUGAGACACACACACACACACACAAAAAAUAACAUAAACUGUAAAACUCAGACCCUCAAACCGCCAUAACUGCGAUUAUGCAAUAACAUUUUUUCUUUCUCUUUCUGGACUUGGAUAUGGUUCUUAUGAGUUUGCCUGCAUUUGACAACGUAAGCAAGUUGGAAUAAUCACAAUAGAGUUUUAAAAAUACAAAUUCACUCUUUGAGUGAAUUUUUAUGUUAUUGUAAGACCACAAUCACCCUGUGUCCUGUCGUCUCAUAAUGCAAAUAACCUUUUAAUAUUAUUUAGACCCUCUCCCUAGCAAAUUUUCAAAAGAACAAGGAAGGCGCGAAAAAACGUUUUUGCCAUAAUUCAUUAUCGUGAUACCUUGCAGACGUUCUAAGGGGUUCAUGAGGUAUUCCUGCCUCAUGAACGCGUGUGAUGAACCCCUAAGAAUGUCCAUGUUGGAGGCUAUUUUGCACCCCGUAUUUGUUAAAAUUUAUUACUGUAAGACCUGAAAACGCACACCUGAAAAUGAAGAACCACCAUAAAUUGAGGGUAAACACCCGAAAAUGCAGUCUAACCAAAAAUGAAGACCCCCUUUUUUUUGUUUUCAGACACGAAGUUACUGAUGACUUAACGUAGAGUUAAUACAAGUCGACCUCAUGAGUUUCUUAGUGAGCAGGGCAAGCUUUUUAGGCUCAAAGUGGCCAAGUUAGCGAUGAAGUCACGAGAAGUCACGUGCCAUUUUUAAAUUGGGGGGUCUGAGUUUUCCAGAUUUGAGGGGGUCUGAGUUUUCUAGAUUUGGGGGGGUCUGAGUUUUUGGGUCUAAGGUCUGAGUUUUCUAGGUCUGGGUUUUCUAGACACCCACCUUAAAUGGACAAAUGUAAUGGGUUUGUUUUAGUCUUGAGAACGAGUAACCAUAUUUGAAAGGAACUUUACAACUCGGGAAUAUAAUAUUUCUUUUACCAAUAUCUCAGAAGGCACAGCCUUCCUUCUUCAAGGUCUAACAUAAAAAACAACAUACAACAUACAUGGUCUAACAUACAAUAAUUAUUGAAUAUUUGAAGCAGUGUGCAAAGAAAGAAGUGUCCGAUAGCCCAGGGCUAGUGGAUUUUUCUAUUGGGCUAGUGAAUUCUGUUUUUAACUUCCCGAUGGGCAAGUGUUGUUUUUGAGGAAUUCGAAUUCAUUCGAAAUCAAUUCUGCUUGUCAAAAAGCUUUUGGGGCUUCUUGAAAUGAUGACUGGGUCGGUAAAUGCUGGCUUUAGCUUGCCAGAAAGGCAAGCUGUAAAAGUGAUUUUCAUUGCACCCUGUGAAGGAAAUAGGGGGAGUGGUAGGGAGGGAGUAGUCUCCUACACAGCUCUUUUUUUUGUUGUCACAUUGCAAGAAAGUCUAAACAAACACAGCUGCGUAAGGGACUACAGAGGAAUCUUAAUAUCUGUGAGUUUGUAACAACAACAUUUGUGAUUUGAAUGAAUGGUGAUUUACAUAAACCAACCUGUAAGUGUUCGCAAACUGGUAACAUGUCUGACCAAACACAUUGUUUGAUAAUGUGUUGGACAUUUUGUGUUAUUAUUUGUGAACAGGAUUCAAUAACUUUUCCAACCAAUAAACAUUUCCAUCCAGGGGCUAUCAAAGGAAGGGAAGUCUGGGGUGGGUACUCAAUCAUCAUGUAUUAAUACCUCUUCCUCUCUAGUCUCCUACACAGCCUUUUUUGUGUUGAUCUUCACGCAACUCAAUGACACAAAAAAGCUGUCUAAGUGAUUACCGUAAAAUUCCAAAAAUAAGCCCCUCCAUGUAUAAGCCCCUCCAAAUAUAAACCCCCCAAGCUCGUAACGCAAAAAAACCUCCAUUGAAUCACCCCUCCAAAUAUAAGCCCCCUAGGGGCUUGUACUUGGAAAUUGCCCUCAAAUACAAAGUAAAACAAAGCAAAAACGGUAAAUUUCCUUCCAACUAUAAGGCUAACCCGAUCAAUUAUGAAACGCAAAUUUCCGUCCAUAGAUAAGCCCCCCUGACUAAACUGAACCCAUGUAUGGAAUUCAGAAAAAAAUUGAGCAUGUGUUUAAUAUGAGGAGUCUUUAAUCCUGAUUACAUAAAUUUCGUCCAUUUAAGGUUCCUAAAAUUUGUUUAGACCUCUGAUAAAAAUUCAUCUUCAAAAAAUUAGGGGUGCUGCAUGGAUGUAGUCCGUGGACCAGGUCCACAGGGGUGGUCCAUAGGCCAGCGGGCCAUGUUUUGUGUACGUCUGUCUGUGACGGUGACUCAGCUUAUAUAUACUUAAACUAUUCAAGAUGGGAUCACAGGAGGUCUUACGACAAAUGUGGACUGCAGGCUUGCCAAUUGACACCAGGUAAAUGAGGUAAACAAUGCUGUAAAAUGAUUUUUAAACCAUCCACAUCCUUAGAUUUUAUGUCUGUAGAUAGUUUUGAGAGCAUAAUUAUUUUCACAUCUCUAUACACCUUUUUUUGCUGUGGUCAGCAUGUGUCUCACACAUCAACAGCACUGGUGGGGACAUGCAAAAGCAACAUAAAAACCCCUAUAGUAUCAAUUUAAUAAGCCAUCUUGAAAAUUUUAUUUUUCCCGCUUCCCAUUUGCAACUAAUAACGUAAUUAAUUUAGCCAUUAUUCCUAUUUUAUAAUUGUCUUUUUUCUUUUUUUUUUCUUUUUCUUCAGGAAGAUGUUAAUGUUAAGUCUCCCUGUAUAGCAUGUCUAGCUGUUUUAGAAAAAAAGCAAGAAAAAUCAUUUAUUGAUAAGGUAAGUUUGCCAAAACUUUAACAAAAGUCAGUGCGUGGACAGUUGUGUCCUUUGAUCAGUAUUUAAUAUUAAAUGCUGAAAAGAAAAUCAAAAUUAAAGAUUAAACUUAUUUAUAUGCAGUUGGGAAAAGAAACGUGCUGAAAAAUUCAGGAUUUAUGGUUUUCAAACCCUGACCUAGCUCUAGUUGUAAUACCAGUGCAGACUAAGUAGCAAGGCAACAUAGGGAGGUGAUCGUUAAAUUUCAGGUUUGUAACAAUAUUAUACCUGGUAAGAUAAAGAUGAAAUGAAGAAUGUCAUUUCAUAAGUGUUAUUGUGUACUGUCGGUUGCAUCUAAGCAUUUACAUGUGAGGAAAAAACAUAUUCUAAUUUAAUUAGGUGCAAACGUGACAUGUUUUGGCGCAAAACAUUCAAAGUUUGGAGUAGACAGCUGUUGUUGACUUGAUUUGUUUUCGCUCAACAAAAUAUUCUUUGCAAGAAUUUUUAGACUUUAAGAAUAAUUUCUGGAGGAAAGUGUGUUGUUUCUGAGGAGAAAUAUGCCUGAAAGUUGAGAAAAAUGAAAUAUGAGUAAAACGAGCCAAUUGGCGCAACAGUUUGCUUUAACAGCUGUCAAACUUUAUGUCUGGCAGCCUAUUAGAACGUGUUUUUUUAUCUCGGACCCACACUUAGAUGCCAGCAACGAUAAAAAGGUACACUAGAGGCAACAUAAUGCUAGAGUACAUUUGUCCUGCUGUAUUGUAUGGUGCUGGUAGGUGCUUUAAAGCUUAACACUUCUUUUAGGCUUUAGUUUUUUUGUUACCAGUGUUAACAACAUAACCUUUUGUUAUCAAUUUCCUUAGAUACAGUCCUCAAUAAGAAAAGCUGGGCAUCAGUUUGACAGCUUUAUGCUUACCAUUUCUUUGCCUCUUUCCAUUAUUCUUCGGCAGGUAUGUGGCAUUCUUCUCUAGUCUUUUGAGUACACUUUUUUUGUGUGUCCAUAGAUCAUUAUACAUGUAUACAUUUAUACCCAUCCGGUAACAUCAAAGAUUUACACUCCUCUUUAGUUGGCUACCCACUUUUAUGAUCACUUGGAUUUCAGACUCAUAGUUUUCGGAAUUCAUGUACUAACUAACUGUUACUAAUUGUUUUGUUUUGUUUAUUUGUUUGUUUUUUUUACCGCACCGGCUAAUAAUCCUCUUUUUGAGGGGUUGCUGUAGCAGUAAAUAAAUAAAUAAUAAAUAGUAAUCCUGCAGUUUUAAAAAAUUCCUUUUAUAUUCACUUUAAAAUUCAUCUACUUUUAAUUCCUAACUCUGUCAAUAUUCUGUCCUCUCUCUUUUAUUUUUUCUAGCAUUCUGUCUCCUUAUUUCUUCAAGAACAUCAUAGGUAUGUUUGUUUUGAGUUUCAUGGAUAUGCUCAAGAAAUUGUAUCGACAUGUUACGGUUAAACUCUGUUAUUAUGGAUACUGAGGCCAGGGAUAUAGAACGUGUCCAUACCUACGAGGUGUCUCAGUGUGUUAAGUGGGUAGAAUUUAGAGAAAAUGUAAGGGCUUCUUUUCCCCAGUGACAACGUAAACUGUCCGUAAUAAUGAGGUGUCUGUAGGGUAGGGUUUGACUUUAUUUGCCAACCAAGAGGUCAUUAUAAAUGUAGGAAAAAAUUGUACCUGAGGUCUGAGUACAUCCUGAGGAAAGACCUGUUAUAAAAAGAUUCUCUCUCUCUUUGUCAGUGCUCAUAAGCUGCCCAUGUUGUUGAAAAUAAAACACAGCUUUCCCUCAUUCACAACACUAACUGAAUUUGUGAAUAAAGCCAUCAAUCGCCAUGACCUUAAGCAGAAAUAGGAAAAUCUGGACCACACCAAAACUAAUCAUAUUGCACCGUGCCCACUUGGAAAAAAAUAAUUAAGACUUUUUAAGUUUAAAAAUGACUCUAUUAGUCGAUCCUGACUAUUAAAAUAUUUCAGUAACCAGUACAAGCGAUACACAAAUAUAUAUAGAUCCAAAUAAUGAGAAAAGAAAUCAAUCAAACCUUUAAUUUUGUACAAAUGAACUGAGAAUGAAUACUUUACCACAUGAUGAUGAUGACAUUGUUUAGUAUUUUGCCAUAAUCUGGAGUUAUUGAACACUAGAAGUAAAACUUUUUAUGAUCGUGAAAGUGUAUACAUGUCUAAAAUUUCAUAUAUAAAUUAUUCAUUCACUUUCACAAUCAUGAAAAUAAUUAUUAUUGGAACUGUUCGAGAAAGAAAAAAAUUAGUAAAACCCAGCUCACCAUAAUCAUUAUAAACAGUCUGCAUUGUCUGCUUAUAAAGGAAACAUCCACUGUAGUAACCAUAAGCUCUCUGAGCUGUGUAAGUUUAAUUCCUUUGUUUUUGCUUUGACAGUUCCAUUUUUGACAAAAAGAUGCUGAGUGAGACCCCAUCUGUUAAGGAGGUCUUUAAGUGGGUUUAUGGACCAAUAGUUGAGGAGUUGCUGCAAGUUGAUUAUAUGCCAUUGGUAAGACUGUUAUUCUGAAGAUCACUGAAUUAGUAUGGUAAUAGGACUAAUUACUGGAGUCAAAUUUGGUCUGCCAUCAUCCCUAACUAAUCAUUUAUUCAGUUUUCUUUGUAAUUAUUUUACAUGUAGCUGUUUUGUUUAAUUUAGCUGGCAAAGCCCAUGGUACAUAAGUCUGGUGGUUUCUUUGGGCUUUCUUGCCAUUUUUACUUGAGUGCACAGGUGGCAAAUUAUAUAAGUUAUGAAAAAUAACUUAAUACUUGCACUCAUAUUGACAUAUUCAAGUAAAGAUCCUUCACGUUUUGUAUUUUGAAAGUAUUUAGCCUGAGAAAACAGCCAACAUAAUUUUUGCGACACCAUCCUUGUUGAAUUCCCUGCAAAAUUAUGUCUGAGGAACACAGAAAUUCCCUGCACUGGUGAUGUGUCACUAUGCAGAACUGGGUUAUUAGACAUAAGUUCUUUUGAUUAGUUGAAGCAAAUUCCCCUUGCUGCACGACUAAUCAGAGGUACUUCCCAGUUCUGGGUAGUGUCAUGUCAUCAGGAUAGAAUUUCUGUGCUCUUUUCUCAGACAUCAGUAGAGGCAUUGCAAAAUGUUCAGCUAUUUUGUCAGGCUAACAAGUACUUAAAAACAUUUUCGAUUAGCACUUCGUAAAAGAACUGCCAUACAGGUUUCUGUUAAAUGGCCAUACAACAGAAUUUAGCUAGAAUCAUCUUGCACAGCAGUACUACCGAUCAGUUCUGUGUGUCCAUAACACUACUUUUAAAGUUCAGUUUGCUGCUUAACACUUGCUACAAGUCAGCCUCUCAUAAGUUCUUAAAAGUGAGCGAAGUGAGCUUCAAUGCAUGUGGAGGUCGACUUGUUUUGCCCAAAUGGAUUUGAAUCAUAUUAUAAACUCAUGCAGGAAAAAAAUGAUUGACAUACAGCUAUUUCGAGAAAGGUUGUCGGAAAAAUUGUGCAUGUGACAAUCCCGAAAGGUAAUAUGGGAUAUAAUCAAUACACCGUUCCUAACACUGCAGCUGUCGAAGUUACGUUUGUUGCUCUCCUUUAGCAGCUCGCAAACAUAUGUCCAUAGCCUCUCAUGCUAUUCUUUCAAAUUUCUUUAAAGAAUAGUGUACUCAAAACCACCUACAAUACCUUUUGGGAUUGUCGCGUGCACUUUUUCCGACAACCUUUCUCGAAAUAGCUGUAUGCUGUGUUGGGAGCUGUGUGAAAUAUUGCUCACUGUCAUAAUGGUUAAUUGUCACAAUGUCACCUGUUAAAUUUUCGACCAGUGAAUUUCGUGCUAAACAGGUAUUAAAAGUCCUUUAAAAAGGCAUAACCAACCAGGAAAUAAAUAAAGGACUUUUAGAAAGUCUAUUUGUUGCUCUGCAAUUACUCAAAUUUAAUAAUUUUUAGGUCUGCGCACGCUGUGGUUACUUUUGUCACAUUUUUUAAAUCAGAUGUAAAUCAGUAGCAGUCAUUGAUUUUAUCACUUGUUCAUUUCCAGAGUCCAUUCAAAAUAUCACUAGUCUUUACUCACAAGGAUAAUAACAAAGAAUUAGAGUUUCUGUAAGUAUCUUGACAGCAUACAGUAAAUCCUCCGUUUGACGGAGAGACUAAUUUGAGAGGGGGAGCUCGUUUAAUUUAUUGAAGCUCAUGUUAUCAAAUCUCCAUAAUAACUCAAUGUAAAGUGGAAAACCUCAGGUACGUGAAGUUGGAGGUCAAGUAGGCGAAGAUCAAACUGACAAAACUAAACAAGUUUCCAGCAUGUGAAUAAACCAUACUGGAUUAGUCCACAUAAUUUAUAGUGUUACAAUUGUGAUUGAUAAAUACAGUCUGGACAUAAGAAUAGUAGGGGGGAAGGGAUGGGGAGGGGAAGGGGGCUAAAAGAAGUGGGGAAGGCUUAAUAGUGAUUUUCCCCUACAAAGAGGGAGGGGCCUAUCGUAUAGUGGGCCUUAUUUGAGAGGGAGGAGUUACUGUGUGUUAACGUUUCAUUGUUCCAUUUAACCACUGGCCCUCAGCUGGGUGUUUUAAAUGGCAGUGACUAAAAUUUAACUCCUCAACAUUGUGAUAGUUAACUAGCCUCAAUUCUACAGGUUGGAAUCAGUCAAAAUUUGUCCAAAUUUAAGUUUCCUCUUUUUUUGCUGGAAUAGCUCCUCGUCAAGAGAAAUUUUAAAAUUUCCCUAUGGAAUUCAAGAGGAUUUAGAACGGAAUUUCCUAAUUUUUCUUUUUAUUGAGACUUUAAAGGUUUACUUUGCAUGUUUAUAGCUUUACCACCAAUGAUACUCAUAAUUUAUUUCCUCUUAAUUUGUCUUAAUAGGAAUAAUUCUUCCAAGACAACGACUAGACAGCGACAAAAACGGCAAAAGAUGGAAGCCAGUAUGACAGCACCCAGUGUGAAGAAAGCCCUCGCAGACUUGACUGCAGUGAGUCAGCUUAAAAGGUAAUGAUUAGAUAUACCUCCUGUGAGUCAAUAUUUCAUCAUGCACGUGAUUCUUUCCUAACUGACACUCUCGAAAUGGACAACUCUACUUAAAGCCACCUUCAUUAACCCCUUUUGAAUUCUAUGCUUUCAAAAAUCAUUCCUGUAAGCCCCAGUUUCAGGCACUUUUUUGCUUCCUGAAGGUGCCCGCUGAACAAAAUCGGGUUCAACUGUAUUUGGUAACUUCAUGGCUUCUUCCCCAAACUAUGUUAAUUCGAGAGUCUGAAUUAAGAGGCAUACGCUUGUUAAUUGGGGUCGGCUGAACCUUCAAUUCAAUCGGGUUCGGCGUUUGAGCUACACUGUAAUUUUUAGGGAGUUAUUAUAACUCCAAAAAUGGAGUAAAAAUUUUAGGUACAGGAUAACCCCUUUUUUGGGGUUACUUUAACUCCUAAUUUAACUCCAAAUUUGGGGUCAUUUUUACUCCUGAAAAAGAGUUCUUUUUACUCCCAGUGUGGAGUUAUAAUAACUCCGAAAAUGGGGUUAUUUUUACUCCUUACAUGGGUUGUUUUUACUCUUUUUGGAGUUUAUUUAGCUCUGAAAGUGGAGUAAAAAUUUUAGGUACCGGAUAACUUCCUUUUUUGGGGUUAUUUGAACUCCUCAAUAUCUGGGGUCAUUUUUGCUCCUGAAAAAGAGUUCUUUAAAAUCCUUUUUGAGUUAAAAUAUCUCCGCAAAAAAUAACUCCACUGUAAGGAAUUAUAUUAACCCACUAGAGGAGUUAUUAUAACUCCUUGAAAAUUACUGUGUGUAUAUAUUUUAACCCUUUGACGACCGCUUCAGUCGUUUUCGUUCCAUAUGGAACGAUGCAUAUUUUCUCACCUGGACCCAUAUAGCUUUCCACGGGUACUUCAGUUUGGAAAUUCUGACCAAUCCUCACAGGGUUAGCCGGAAAAAUUUAGUUUCCUUUGAUAGUCUGCAAAGGGGUAAGUAGUGUCUCGCAACAGUAGCCACUGCUGACAAACAACAGUUGGGAUGCAUCUUGACUUUUCGUUGUAGAUUUGACCCUGCUAUCGUGGUAAACGAAAACCCUUAUUUUACCCCAUUUAGAAUGCAUUUACACUCCUAAGGACUAUAAGUUAUAUGAUACGCAGUACAUGCUGAGUCAUAGUCAUUGUGUACACGCAGUUGUAACCUAGUGAGUUCUGAUGUACUGUUUUUCCCUUUCAGAUUGGCAGAUUGUCCUCCUCAGCCUGCAGCACUUCCAAUUGAGCUAUCAGAAGUAGUUUGUGCUCACGAUUCCAUCUAUAUUGCAGGUGUUUAUUGAUUUAUUUAUUUUUUUUUUGCCUUUUUUACACAUAAAUGAAGGGGAAAAAACAUUAAAUUACACGUAAUAUACACAUUUCAAAAGAAGAGAAUCUCAAAAGGCGAGGAAGUCUCAAGAAGCCAUGAAGGCUUAUAGGUGAGUCUUCCCCUUUACAUUAGAUUUAGUUAUAGUUAUUAAUUAAAUAUAUACUUUUAUAAAUAAAGAACAGCAUAUAAUAAAGAAAUUUACAAAAUGUAUAGAGAUUAUUAUUUGACAUGAACAUAGAUUUCUGACAAAAGUUUUUAGUAUCAGUUUUUGGUGCUUUUUGGAAAGUUAAAAGAAGGUUACAAGCAUAGCAUUUCAAGGCAAUGAUGUAGAACUUUUACAGGUUUCCUUGUAAGGUGUAAUAAUUUCUAGGCCUGGGGUGGGGGGGGGGGGGUACCCAAAAAAGUUUUAAAUGGGGGGGCCCCCCCCCGGGGGCCCACCCCUUUCCUUUUAUAAAACCUUUUUUACCAAAAAAAGUCCCCCUUCCCCCUUUAAAACACCUUUUUUGAAAAAAGGUUACUUUUUUUCCUCCUUUUUUUACACUUUUUUACCCCUUCAAAGAAACCCGUUAAAAGUUCUACACAUUUCCCUUGAAAUGCUUUGUUUUUACCCUCUUUUUAACUUUCCAAAAACCCCCAAAAAAUAAAACUAAAAACUUUUUUCAAAAAAUAUUGUCCUUUCAAAAUAAAAAAUCUAUACAUUUUUUUAAAUUUUUUUUUUUAUUCUUUUUUUUUUUUUUAAAAAAUUUUAUUUUAAUUAUAUAAGAAUAAAUCACAAAACCAGAGCCAUAAAAUGCAUCUGUUAGCCCUUCUGGGCCUUUUUACAGAUCGAAAUUACCGAUUUCCCUAUCGAUCGAAAUUACGGAUUUUCAUAUGCUUCAAACCAGUGAAAUGCUUACCCUCAUAUACCUGAAGCCUGAAAAAGGUACCCAUUUAGGGCGGAGCCUCUUCACAUACGCAAUUGUAGGGAUUACCCCCUGAGUUUCUAAGUCACUCAAUCCAUGUCGUAUCCGAUAUUCCCAAGGCCACAAAUUAGAAGCUAUCAAAGGCAAAUGAAACUCACCCAAAACUGUCCAAACUUCCCCCUCUUUUGUCUUCUCAUCUCACAGGGAAAGGAAGGAGAAUAAAUUGUAUAAACGCGAAUCGAUCUUUGUUUAAUUUGUUAAUUAAUAGUUUUUUAUUAUUUUUUGUUUUUUUAGGACGAUACAACAAGUUUUCACGCGUGCUUUCUCAGACUCCAUGGAUAAUAGACAACGUUCGGCAUACUGAAUCAUCGGUGGAGGUAAAGUCACUACAUAUAUUUUCUUCCUGAAAGACACACUGUACUGUUUAGAAUGAAACAAUAUUAAAUUAUUCGCUUACUGAUUUCAGUCACUUUUGCUUAACCUACACUUCCUUAUUCUGAAAACUCAGACUUAGGAAUUUCUUGCUUAGCUAUGAAACUCGCAUUUCCUUUUUUUCUCUAAAACAGGAAAAGAUCUGUGACCGGAUUAGAAACAAGAUCAAGGCCGACGGUAGGAAAGUUACGUUUAUAAUAUUGCCUACUUAAUAGAGUUCGGAAUAAUUUCCAUCCUUUCAAAUGAAUAAGUAAGUAAUCUGGUAGACUUUUCAUAGUUUGUUAUCGUUUUUCGUAUGAGCUUCAGGAUCAAGUGUUCACCUGUACGGGCGGCCAUCUUAAUUUCAUAUGUACCGAGGGGCCGAGAGUUGAGGUUUAUAGCUCUUCUUCCCGAAACCGUCCUAAUUCCCCCCCCCCCGCCCCCUCCAAGUAGAUUUGACACUCAUCUAAGAUGGCCACCUGUAAUGCAAAGUCUUCGAUCUCGACGAUCUUACGGUAAAAUAGGGGAGUGUGAACAGUCGGGUAAUCUGGAUGAGUUUCUUUUCACAGAUCAUAAAUUUGCAUCAGCGGGACGAGAGGACAUCGAUGUACUCAUGCUUGGUCGGGGUAAGUCUGAAUGACUGUUGAGGAGUAGGGAGAGAUUGUUUGUGUUGUUCCUUGCAUUGUUCAAGAUAUCUAAAGAUACUGUAAAACGAGUAACAAAACCGUACAACUUGUUUUGCAACAUUGUUGUUGCGCGUUUUACCACCUAUGAAUCAAAAUGUCGUGCAACAAAUCAGGUUAUUGCAAGUUGGGUGAAUACCGUCUUCUGAUUUCGUAAAAACUACGCGGGAUUUGAUUAGUUUUACUAAUUUUUGUCUUGCCUUGUGUUUUGUGUGUUUUUUUAAGUUACCAGUUUUAGAGAUCUUAAUUUUUGUCCCUCGAUGAUAUUACCUAUAUGGUGUAGGUGCACUAAAAUUCGAGUUUAAAUAAAGGUUUUGUAUGUAUGUACAGUCAAACCUCUCUACAACGGCCACUUUGGGAACAGCUGAAAGUAACCAUUGUAGAGAGGUUGAAACAACAGUGAAUGUAUGGACUGUCCGCCAAAAAAGAUGGCCGUUGUAGAGAGCUGGCCGUUGUGGAGAGAUGGGCGUCAGUGGAGAGUUAGGGUUAGGGUUAGGGUUAGGGUACCAAAAAGUUUGGGGUAAAUGUUCUUGUUGUUCUGCUCCUUAACGAAUAACUUUCUUCUUUGCGGUUACCGGAGGGCGAAUCAAGUUUGUGACAUAUUUGAUAUGGCAGGUUAGAGACGUACAUGUAUUCUUUGUUAGUACUGUAAAUUUAACUUCACUUUAUGUUGUCUACAAUUUCAGGAAGACCAUUUCUGGUAGAGUUUAUUAACCCAAGAGUGACUCGACUGAGUGAAUCAUUUCUCUCGGAUCUUCAACAAGAAAUUAACUCUUCAACAACAGACAUUUUUGUGAGAGAUCUGCAACAAGUAACAAAGUAAGGUCGGGGAGCUCACUAACAAACGUCAACUUUUUUCGCCAGAGAAAGUCGGGUUUCACUGAGACGCGUUUUCACAAUAGCAGUGCAUGAUAAUACUUCUGUAGUAGAUAGUAGUGUUUCGUAAACAGAAAUCUGUAAAGUUUGUUGAAAAUAGUAUUUGGACUUUCUCGAGGGACUAUAUGUAUUUAUUUCUCUCCCUUUCUUUGCCUCAGGGAUGAUUGUCAAAUUUUAAAAGAUGCAGAGAGUAACAAAACCAAAACUUAUAAGUAAGUGAAAUGUUGUUUACCCAUUAAUUUGGACUUGCCAGGGCACGCGUACGAAUUGUCUUAUCGUAUGCCGAUAAACUGACGACACCCUUCUGCUUGUAGGGCGGUAAUAUGGACAAAGGAAGAAAUCGUUGAAAAACAGCUUCACAUUCUUCAGGACACGAAGGUAAUGAUACCAAAGAACCGUUUUAAACUGUUGAUUUGUGUAAUGAGUCAAUUGUUGGGGCAGAGGCGUUUUCGACAAAGUCCUGAUCAUAACAACGGCUGGUUUUACCACUCUCGAGGAACAGGAAAGAAUUGACCAUACAUUUUUCUAGGUACUCCACGUGCGGCUUAUUCUUGCCGCUCUUAUUAGAGUUUUUCAUCCCGUAGUACUUUACCCGGAAUCGUUAACUAACCCUUUGAGAAACCGAGGGACUUUUUGCAAGUUGUGUCACAAGACACUUGCAAGUUUAACAUUACUUUAAAGGUCUGACUUCAUUUUUUGCCUGUUAAUAGGAUUUAAUCAUCUCACAGAAGACUCCCUUACGGGUUUUACACAGGUAAUCACGUAUUGUUGUAAAUCCCUCGGUAAUUCUUCAUAGCCAGAUGGCGCUGACUUUUGAAAGAGGUUUGUUAGUUUCCCAGGCCCUUUUAUACUCGCACAGGAAACGCCAACUGAGCAGGCUACUUUGCGACUGGCGUAAGAAAUCUUGUGUUGAGUUUUAGACAAAUCAGAAGCAACCCAAACCCUCAUAUCAAGUUUUUUAUUGUUCUCGCGCUUUUUCACGCUCGGAACUGGUUAGAUAUAUUUGCUACGUGUUCUAGUUUGUUAACGCCUUUUGCGACUGUGAAGCCACUCUAACCAGACACGAACGAAACCUAACCACCAGAAAAUUGGCUUAAACGACAACUUUAGACGUUCGUUUUGUUCUUUUCAUUUGUUUGUUUUUUCUUUUUUUUUUUCAGACGUCCACUGGCUGUACGGGAGCGGUGUAUUUACAGCAUGAUACCAGCCGAGCAAAUAGACUCCCAUCAUUUUAACCUGUUUCUUAAAACCCAAGCAGGGACGUAUCCUUUUUUUUCUGAACGUAAGUUAACUUAUCGUCUAUAACACGUUGUUUGCAAAGCAGUACCUUUAGUCCUCUCCUCUGUUAAGAUCCAGGAGACGGAAUCCGCAGAAGCCCUCUUUGUCUUAAAAGUAAGGUAUAUCCUUACUAUUGCUUCUUAACAGUAGCGUAUUGCUUUUCAUCAAUUGUUGUAAGGGAAGCUUCGUGAAUCCUGCUUCUGGAUUGGUUCUGAGCGGGAUGGAGCCCACAACACUGCUUGUUCUCUUUGAAUUUGGCAGCCGUCUGUAGGAAAUCAGUUCUAGUUGGAAACUCAGUAACAUAAACCCGAUAAAUCUUACCACAACUGUAACUUUUUGUGAGAAAAGAAGGGACUUUUUACUUCAUGCAGAGACGGCAGAGAGUUAACGUCGUUUUAGCCUGGUCCAGGCGUUCAGAUCGUUCAUCGCAAUUAUCCCAACUCACUUGUCUUGUCGAAUGUACGCCAGCACUCCUGAAGUUGAAUUCCUAAGAACCAUAUCCAAGUACAGAAAGAGAAAAAAAAUUUCGUUGUCAUUGUUUACGUCCUCCAUGAAACGUGAAAUUAGGCCGCAUUUGAUUUUCACACAGAAGUCGUGCAAUGACGGCAAUGAAGUGUGCAAAAAAAGUGUCACACACGUGAGUCCCAAGUAAAUCCGGUAAGGUUACCUCAUUUGGUAAGGGGUUGAUCCGCAGAACGGAAAGAUAUGCGUUGGACUCCCGUUGGAGCACCAAAUAUUUCCCUCUGAAGUUUCGCGCCUGUGAUUAAUUGAUCCUUAGUAACAGUUUACAAAAUAGGAUUUAAAAGUUCCUUAACUCGUGUGUAGUUAUAUCAAAGAGUUUGUCCAUGGAGACUUCGGUAGAACGAAACCUAACUUAGGACAGUUAUUGAACACUGAGACGGACAUUCUGCAACUGGAUGUAGAGGUAUGUCCGGUUUCACCUGUCUGCUCUUAUCUGGUUCGACUUGUUUCUAAUAAUUAGAAACUUUAGUGGAACCUUCCCUUAAUAGGUAAUCAUCACCUAUAAUGUCAAGAUUUAGUGACAGCUUCCUCUUUCCCAGUCCACAGAGGCCUCUUUGUUUGGUAGGGAAAUUGGGGAGAAGAAAAAAGAUACGUGCGGGGGCUUGCGGGGGCUGUUUUUGGAUGAUCGGGAUACGCAGCGGGAACCUUAGACUUGCCAUAAUUUCACCAUUUCUUUCGUAAGUGCCCUACUUUAGCUUCCAGUUCAAUUUGGCAAGAUGUUAUGGUGGUCGUCAUUUCAUAAUAUAAACGCAGUUGCUUUUUCCUUGCAGUCUGUAGAUGUUGACUGGCCUCCAAGGAAGGAGGAGAUUGAUGAUCAGCUUAAAGAAAGCAGCUGACAGCCACGGCCAACCAGAGGGUUACGUAUGCUGUCUUCUCUUCUUCCGAAAAUAAAGCGUAAUAUCCUAAGGAACCGACCAAAGACUUUCCAUCUGAUCAUGGCUAUGCCAUGGUUUUUCUCGCGACCGCGUUAUCCAGUCACUUCUACAUCCAAACUGUAACUGUAUAAAGUUGCAAAGUGUUUUGACGUGUCGAGUGCCAGUGAUACGGAAACUAUACUUUAGGCCAGAAGAACAAGCGAGAAUACAGGCUGUGAGUGGCAGAAGAGUUAGCCUGCGUAGUUAUGCCCAGGUUACUUUCUUCGAGCGGCGUGGAAACUCAGAAACUGUUCUCUUUACAUCCCUUUCCAUUUCUUUCGUCAUUUCUUUUCACUGUUGCCCACUCUCCAUCCCAGUGCUUUCACUUCUCUCCUCGGCUGUCAUGCGCAGAAGGGCUUUAGGGUCAAGGCUCUCUCUUUUUCCUGCGCUUUUCCUCUUCAUUGCUUUUCCGCAU